UCUUUUUCUUUACUACUACAUUUUACACAAUGAUUCCUAUUAUUCCCAGACAAUCAAGCGAUGAUGACCGACCCAUGGGCCUUAAAUUCACCAGGAACAACUUUUACAACUUUCCCAAACGAGAAGCCACCAACAAUGAACAUGUAUUGAAACGUACACCUUCAGGUCAACGUACACCUCCACUUAUUACCAAACGAGAUAGUUCCAGAGACAGUGAUUUAUCGUCCGUCGCCUCUUUAUCACCCACACCUUUAUUGUCACCUACUUUACCUGCGCGUUCACCCUUUCGUAUACGAGACUCGCAGCAAGGCAAAAUGAUAGGAUCACAUGACACAAAAUCCAAAUCAUCCAGUACGAUAGAUACUUCCUCCUCCUCCUCUUCCACCUCUUCCUCCGUUACUACGAACGACGAUGAUUUAAUUCAAGAACUCGAAUCCAUGUGGAAAUUAAAGAGUGUACCUACCAAACCCCCCACACCUAAACACGACAUGAGCUCCGAGGAUAUGCUUUUACAACUUUUGAUCUCGCAUGCCAUGAUUGAUUCUCGAGAAUUUAAAGUAUUGACAUUUGAAGAAUUUGAAAAAUUAAAGCAACAUCAUGCACGAUUAAAAAAUAGGGUACGUAACUCGAAGGCUAAACUCGAACUCGAUCGAAAGAUUCAAGAAACCUCGCAUUCGUUAUCCAAUUUAUCUUUUAACAAGAACCGUGAAUCCGUCAUGUUGUUGUUGGAUGAGGCAGUGGAGGCCGAUCGCAAGGUCAAAAUUUUGACGCAAAGAUUACAUGAACUCACCAACGACGAAGUAGAGACACAGUACCAGAUAUUACAACAUACAGCGGGUGUACUUUCCUUGGGCUUACAAAAGUUGGAAAAGGAUCGUCCUGUACCCGUGGUAGAUGGCACACAACAGAUGGAGAGCCUAAGAGAAAAUCUACUUCAAUUAUUAAAGAAACACAAUAUUUCUCAUGCGACGGAUGCUUCACCCACUUCUUUAUUGGAUUACUUGGAAGCUCAAUUAGAAACCUAUCAAUUGCAAUCCAGAGAAUCUGAAGACAAGUACAGAGGAGCGCAAGAGAAACAACAGCUCUUGUCUUUAUCCGAAAAAAAGCUAGAGAUUCAACUUCGAUCCACACAAACAAAAAACGAUCUCUUGAAAAAGGAGAUGGAUGAACUCUUGCUCAAGGUCAAGAAACCUGUCAUGGACUGGUUACCACAGGAUGACUUUGAUUUUCAAGACGAUGAUCAUGGCAACGAAAGUGCGUUGGCUGAAGUAGCAGAAUUAAGAGAAACACUUUCACAAAUGGAAUUGAAUGCAAGUAAAGUGCAAUCCCAAUUAUCUGUGUUUCAAUCGAGGGAGAACGGACUUAAAAAAGAAAUGGAGCAGUAUCGUGAUGAAGCAGUUCGUUUACGAUCCCAAAAGGAGGAAUGGGACCGCACCAUGAAACGAAGAACGGUUCUACAGGCGCUGGAGAAUGCAGAGGAUGGCUCAAGUACGGCUCGUUUUGAACAACAGCUGGAAGAACAGGAAGGAGAAUACCAGGCACAGCUCAAGGAACAAGCAGCUUUUUUGGACAAGACAACACGGGCCUGUGAACAAUUACAAAAGGACCAUGAUGAAUUAUCUGCUACCUGUGAGGACCUUGAGUUACUGAUUCGUGACAAGACAAGAGCACUGGAUGCUCGUGAUCGACAGAUUCAGCAAUUGGAAAGUGAAUUACAUCAACUCAAGUCUACACCGACCCCCGCUGGUAGUAGUAAUGCAGCUUUACAAGAGUUACAAGCGCAGUUCUCUCAAAAGGAGUCAGCCUGGAUUGAACAGAGUAAUACAAUGGAAGCUGAUUUUGAAGGUAUCCUAAAAGAAUUCGAUCGAUUGACGGGGACUGCAAUGGAGUUUGAAACGGAUAAGCGUAACUAUGAACGACGUAUUCAACAAUUGACGCAGGAAGUCAAUGGGUUGGAGAGUAGUUUGACAGAAGAAAAGACCAAGAAUCUAGGUUAUCAUGAGGCAGAUACGCCUACCACUGCUACGUUACGUAAAGAGUUCCGAAGAAUGAUUACAGAUAUGAAAUCAGAUCAUCAUCGUACGCUGGAACGUGAAGGGCAAGAAAAGAGUAAGCUGGAGAAACAAUUAAAAGACUUGAAACACGAACGAGAAAUGUUUCGUUAUGAACGAACGAAUAAAGGUGUCCAAACACUAUUUAUGCCAUAAAAAAAAAACAUUUUUUUUUUUAUUAUUUAUUUGGGGUUUUGUCUUGAGAUAGUCUACUGUUAUAUAAG